UUGCUGCCCGCUCACAGGCCGCGCGCGCUCAACUCCCUCAACCUGGGCAUGGUGAGUGCUUGGCUGGAGUUCAGCCGGCGGGGUGAGUCGCCGGUGGCGGCUGUGGUAGUGCGAGGCGCAGGCGGCAAGGCUUUUUGCGCGGGUGGUGAUGUGAAGGAGGUGGUCUUGCGGGCACGAGCCGGCGACUGGUCGUACGGUACCGCCUUCUUUCGUACCGAGUACGUCAACAAUGCCGCCAUCGCGCAGCUGCCAGUGCCGUACAUUGCCGUAAUCGACGGGAUCACCAUGGGUGGCGGCGUGGGGGUGUCGUACCACGGCCACUUCCGUGUCGCAACCGAGCGGACGGUCCUCGCCAUGCCCGAGUCCGGUAUCGGGCUGUUCCCGGACGUGGGCGCGUCGUUCUUCCUGCAUCGCCUGCCGGGCCACCUGGGCAGAUACAUGGGGCUGACAGGGCAGCGGCUCAUGGGUGCCGAGGUCAAGGACGCCGGCUUCGCCACCCACUUCAUUCCCUCCGCCCGCCUACCCGACCUGGACCGAGGCGUCCUGGAGCUGGGCCCUCGAGCCGCUGACCUCUCCCUGGUGGACGCGCUGCUGCGCUCCCUGGAGCCACCGCCGUCAGCGGCGGCGGCGGUGGCGGCAGCGGCAGCGGCAGCGGCAGGCACCGACAACAACAACAACAACAACAGCAGCAGCAACAGCAGCGCUCUAUUGGAGUGGAAGCUUCCGCUGAUCAAUGUCCACUUUGGCCGGCGCACCGUGGCGGAGGUGGUGGCGGGCUCUCCGCUUUCCCACGCGGUGACGUGGGAGAUGCUCCGCCGCAGCGCUGCCGGCCACAUGACCCUGCAACAGUGCCUGGAGAUGGAGUUCCUGCUGGCGAGGCGCUUCGUGGCCGGGGAGGCGGACUUCCUGGAGGGGGUGCGGGCGCUACUUAUCGACAAAGACAACAAGCCCAGGUGGCGGUACGGCAGCGUUAAAGAGGUUCCGGAGCUGGUCGUACAGCGGCUAUUUGAGCCGCUGGUUGAUGAG